GAUGAGGAGGAGAGGCAAGGUCGCCGACACCUGGGGUGGCGGUUCAUCAUGGGAGGAAACACUGGAGGAGAUUCGGUAUCCUCCCGGAAGAAGUGGAAGAACAUGGUGUACCUGGCCGAGGUACAAAGGCCACCGCUGCCUAAGCGAAAGAAGAAGGAACCUCUGAUCUUUACAGACGAGGAUUAUCCCCCAGUCCUCAAUCCUCACAGGGACGCUCUGGUGAUAAGAGUGGAGAUCAAUAAUGUGGUUGUUCACCGAACCUUGGUCGAUACGGGCAGCUCGGUCAACGUAAUGUACAGCAACACCUUUAAGGACUUGGGAUUGUUCCGAAGCGACCUGAAGCCAAUCCAUACGCCGCUGUCAGGAUUUACAGGGGAUACUAUCGAAGCAGAAGGAACUAUCACGGUAAAGGCCGGGGUAGGAGAUGGCACCCACCGACUCUGGGUCGACAUCGAAUUUAUGGUAGUACAGCUCGACUGUGCACACCAUCUGAUUCUGGGACGACCAGGGUUGGAGGACCUGGAGUGCGUAAUCUCCCCCGUCCACUUAUGCCUAAAGUUCAACACUCCCACAGGGGUGGGAGUAGCAAAGGGGAACCAGAGCCUGUCACGGUCGUGCUAUGUCAGGGCGACCAAAAGCCAAGCCCGAGUCGGCGAGAAUGUGAGCACGAUCUGUGCGGCGAUCCAGAAGGAGGAGGGGCGACCCCGAGCUGAGCCGGCGGAAGAGGUCGAGGAAGUUUCUUUGGACCUGGUUGAGCCCGAGCGGAAGGUGAAGGUAGGCAAAACCUUACCGCUUGAAUUAAAGGAGCAGUUAUUGGAGGUCCUCCGAGCAUUCAAGGUGCUAUUCGCUUGGGGACCAGAGGAUAUGCCAGGGGUCGACCCAAAAAUCAUCUACCAUAGAUUGGCAGUGGAUCCGACCCACAAGCCGGUCAAACAGAAGAAGCGUUUCCUUUCCGCAGAACGGAGAGAGUUUGUCACCAAGCAGGUGACCACCCUGCAGUCCAUUGGGCACAUCCGGGAAGUCCGCUACCCGGAAUG